UCCGCCUGGGUUUCCUUUAUGAUGUAGGGUCUGCCCCAGCCCCAGCGCACAGACUCCUCGGCAGGCUGCCGCGCUCCGCACUCCCUCGCCAGCCCGCCCGCCCGCCCGGCCCGCUGCCGGAUCGCGCCCUCCGGCCGCCCCGCAGGACCCCGGCCGCCGCCAGCAUGUCCGAGAUCCUCCCCUACAGCGAGGAGAAGGUGGCCCGCUACGGCACCGACUCCGAAGUCAGCGAGAUCUCCUUCAGCUGCCGGCUCCAGGACACCAACUCCUUCUUCGGGGGCAACCAGGCCAAGCGGCCCCCCAAGCUAGGGCAGAUCGGCAGGGCCAAGAGAGUGGUGAUCGAAGAUGAUAGAAUAGACGAGGUGCUGAAGGGGAUGACAGACAAGCCGCCUUCUGGGGUAUAAGCCGGCAGAGGAGACGCCUGCACCGAGCUGCAGACUCUGAUCACUGAUUUUAAGGCACUUUUGGCCGUGCAUGUUUGUUGGACUGUGGUCAACGAGGGAAGCAAAGGAAGGAGAUGAGGCUGCUGGUGACACCUUCCACCCCCAACCCAGACCCCAGCCCGAUGCGGUAACGGAUGGGGCCAUCUCACCCUCCUCAGCAUCCAACCGAGAGCGAUGGGACAAAGGGACCUGGCCAUCCAUCCCUGUCCAGAUUUCCAGGGCGCCAUGCCCACCCCGGAGAUGCCAUCUUUUUCAGCACCACGUCCUGUCCUCACAACCCCCCUCCCUGCAGAAUGGAGGAGCCGGCUACUGAGGCGCUAUCCAGGGCCAGCGCCACUUCCAGCGCCCUGCCGGGGAGCUGCCCAUUCCAGCGCCACUUCCAGCGCCCUCCCCGGGAGCUGCCCAUUCCAGCGCCACUUCCAGCGCCCUCCCCGGGAGCUGCCCAUUCCAGCGCCACUUCCAGCGCCCUCCCCGGGAGCUGUCCAUUCCAGCACCCUCCACAGGAGCUGUCCUUUCCAGAGCCCUCCCGGGGAGCUGUCCAUUCCAGCCCCCACUCUUCUCCCAUGCUCUUCUUCCCAGCCCCACUGAGCCCCCCCCUUUCCCCAAGCCACGAUGCCGAGGUGCUGUUCCCCUGAGAGCGCGGAGCCCUUGGGAUCGCCUGGCGGUCUCAUCUCGAAGAGGGCUCCUGUAGCCAUGCUCUUUACACCUUUCUCUGUCUCUCUCCGAGUGGCUAUGUAUCUAGCCCCUGCAUAGACACACACACCUCUAGCUGUAGCAGGCUCAUCAUGCGUGCAGUCACCCCCCUGCUGUAUUUCAGACCCACACCCAUUCUCUAACUCAUCCAUCCACCCCCACACCUCAUCCCUAUCCAGUUUGCAAAAUACCAGCAGAUCGGACGCAAAUCCAAAGCCAGCAGUGCUGAACGGAAGGCAGAGGUUCCGACCCGGAUGGACUAUAAUAUAAAAGACAGUGAUCAUUUUGCUGUCGAGAGACAUUUUUGAUCCAUCUUUUUUGCAUGAGCUUCCUGGUCCUGGUGCCACAUCUUGGUGCCACUGGUCAUCCCACUCUGGCACGCUUCUUUUUAACAGAACUCCUCAUAUUUGUAUUUUUAUAUCCGAAUCUUUGUUAAAAAUGAUCUGCUAGUGUCUAAGGUUGAAAUACUGCAUCAAAGAUUGUUCAUAUUUUUUCCCAUACGAAAGGAAAAUAAGUGUAUAGAAUGGAAUUUAAAUGGUUGGUUCUCGUAAUUCUAUAUAUCAGUAUUGGACAGGACUUCUUGACUGUGGUUAGGGUUUUGCACACCUCAAAACACCAGUAAACAAAUGUAUCUAAGAAUCUUAUACUGUGAUUAAUGGCUUUAUUGACGGACCAUGCAGAAACAUAAUGACU